AUGGCCCCGAUGCAGAGCAAGCCCCCUUUGCUCACGCUUCCACGCGUACUUCGCGACAUCAUUUACGAGUAUGCGCUCAAAACUGAUGUGACUGUCGAAUUCCAAAGAACAGGAUUGUACAAUGAGGCCCCGCUCGUCAACACUCCCGGUCUCCCACUGGUGUGCAAGCAACUCCAUCGCGAAUCGAUCCAGCUCUACUACAUGUAUAGCAAGUUCAUACUACGCAUAAACAUGGACAUAUUCAACUGGUUGAGACGCCUCCCGAUUCGGUACAGGCAGCUGCUUCGGUGUGUGCGUUUGAUCCAAGAUGCCCCUCUUUGGUACUCCCUUGACCCAAGUCUGCUUGGUGUUGGCAUGCACGACAUACUUCGGAACGGCUACUUGGCACGGAGACUUGCGGCUGAAGGCAUCAUUCUGGGGGAAGGAGUGGUGAGCGCUUGGUAUGAGGAGAUCAGGAGUGAUUAUGACGAUAUCACGAGAGACCGCAUGAACUGA